AUGAACGGAACAAAUGAUGUUUCUGUGGAGGCGAGUGGGUCGACAUCGCAGCAAGCACAGAGACAGGUACGACUGAAGCUCACAUCGCGGCAUGAAGAUAUAGCGCUUCCCGAAGGCACCGGCCCGAUACUUGUUCCUACCGGCCUUCGAAGAUAUGCUCUGUCAACCCUGGUGAACAACCUUCUGGGCAGCGAGAAGCCGAUUCCGCUCGAGUUUUUGAUAAACGGCGUAUACCUACGCACAUCUAUCGACGAGUAUUUAACAGAGAAUGGCAUUUCUACUGAGACUACUCUUGAUGUUGAGUAUGUUCGUGCGCUUGUUCCGCCACUGCAUGUCGCCUCGUUCCAGCACGACGAUUGGAUCAGUGCUGUGGAUGUUUUGUCUGGCACGUCGGUAUUUGGAGGUGGAUCUAUCAAUGCGGGCCAGGAAAGGAUAUUGUCAGCAAGCUAUGAUGGGCUGUUGAGGAUAUGGAAUAUGUCUUCGGAGACGAUUGCUGUGUCCCCCUCUGCCGGUGUGGGUGGACAUACUGCUUCGAUCAGGAGUGCGAGAAUGCUCUCACCAAAUCAGAUUGUCUCCUCUGGGCUCGACAGAACAGUGCGAUUAUGGAAAUACUCAGAUAGCGAAGAUGGAUUUUCGGCAAGCAUUAUUCCACAACUGGAGCUUUACGGACACAGAGGCAGUGUUGAUUCGAUAGCGAUACACGCCAAAUCGAAUCGCAUAUUGUCAGCAUCAGCAGACCAUGCGGUAGGAUUCUGGUCAACCAAAAAGUCAGACUCCCCAGCUGCGCCCGAAAACUUGCUCCCAUCAAACACCUCGCGAAGCUCCAAGCGACGAAAACUCAAUUCAUCCGUUUCCGUACCCCAGCGCGGGCCGCUCGCACUACUGAAAUCGCACACUGGUCCCGUUUCUGCAGCGAUCUUCGAUGCAAAAGAUCCUACUGUGGGAUAUUCAACCUCAUGGGACCACUCGCUGCGUACCUGGGAUCUCGUAACUGGGGCGCUAGUGGACACACGUACCGCUUCUCACUCAUUACUCUCCGUGGUGCAUUUACCUGAACUCAGCCUUCUAGCCGCCGGAACCUCUGCCAGGCAUAUCACCCUGAUAGACCCACGCGCGUCAGCGACGACAGUCUCUGCACUGACGUUGAGAGGUCAUACGAAUGCUGUUGUCUGUCUGGCACGGGAUCCUAAUAGUACGCACGGGCUGAUUAGUGGUAGCCAUGACGGGACGUGUCGGAUAUGGGAUGUCCGGUCGACGAAGACGGAUAAGGAUGGGGUUAUGGGCGAGAGCAUCUAUUCGAUUCCGAGGAAGAGUGUGGAGGGUGCUGGGAAGAGGGUUGGUGGGGAGGGAGUUAAGGUGUUUGAUGUCUGUUGGGAUAAGAGCGUUGGGAUUGUUAGUGCUGGGGAGGAUAAGAUGUUACAGAUUAAUAGAGGGGAAGGGGUUAUGCCCAAGGGGGAUGGUGGUCAGUAG